AUGCAGCUAUGGAGCUGUUCUUACGCGCAUGAUGGAGACGAUGUGCAUAAUUCUAUUCCUGCUCAUCGUGAUGGAGUGAGACCAGUGUUUAAAGUAUAUGUAGAAGAGGACGGCUGGGCAUAUUGGUUAGACAAUUUGGGAGUCUUACCAGUCAAUAGAUACAAGUACAAGGUAGGAAUUAACGAUCUCUACAGGACGAUGCCUCAAGAGCACAAUUUAAGGUGUUCCACGAAAGAAGAACAUGGUUUGAGGCAGAGGGCAUCUGCAAUACACUACGGAGGACAUCUGGCUUCCAUUUCCUCAGAGGGGGAAAAUCAGUUCAUAUAUGAGUUAGCGGUACAGCCGUCGUCUAAUGAGUAUGGGCCGAUGAGUCAAUUGCUUUGGAUUGGAGGCAGGCAAGAUCCAAGCACCAAAAAAUGGUCAUGGUCUGACGGGGAACCUUGGUCCUAUACGAACUGGGACCUUGGUGAGCCGAACAAUUUCAAGGGCCAGGAGCACUGCGUACAGGCUCUACAAACUGUGAAGAGCGAUCGCUAG